UGCACGCAUCCUCAUAUUAUUAUAUAAUAGCAAAGCAACUCUACCUUGCUGUAAGCUUCCUCGGGUCCGCGUCCCGAUCUUUAUCGACUUUUCGGCUCCGUCACCACCAGGAACCAUGCGUGAGAUCGUCCACAUCCAGGGUGGCCAGUGCGGCAACCAGAUUGGUGCCAAGUUCUGGGAGGUUGUCUCCGACGAGCAUGGCAUUGACCCGACCGGCACUUACCAUGGCGACUCCGACCUUCAGCUCGAGCGCAUUAACGUCUACUUCAACGAAGCCACCGGCGGUCGAUAUGUGCCACGUGCUAUCCUCAUGGAUCUUGAGCCUGGCACCAUGGACUCAGUCCGGUCUGGACCUUAUGGCCAGAUUUUUCGCCCCGACAACUUCGUCUUCGGCCAAACUGGCGCUGGCAACAACUGGGCCAAGGGCCACUACACCGAGGGUGCCGAGCUGAUUGACUCUGUCCUGGACGUUGUUCGCAAGGAGGCUGAAAGCUGCGACUGCCUGCAGGGUUUCCAGGUCUGCCACUCCUUGGGUGGCGGAACUGGCUCGGGCAUGGGCACUCUCCUGAUCAGCAAGAUUCGUGAGGAGUACCCUGACCGCAUGAUGUUGACCUUCUCGGUUGUGCCGUCACCAAAGGUGUCGGACACCGUCGUCGAGCCAUACAACGCAACUCUUUCGGUCCACCAGCUUGUCGAGAACGCCGAUGAGUGCAUGGUGCUCGAUAACGAGGCCCUGUAUGACAUCUGCUUCCGCACCCUCAAGCUGACCACCCCAACCUUCGGUGACUUGAACCAUCUCAUUUCGGCCGUCAUGUCUGGCAUUACCUGCUGCCUCCGCUUCCCUGGCCAGCUGAAUGCCGAUCUUCGCAAGCUCGCCGUCAACCUGAUUCCCUUCCCCCGUCUGCACUUCUUCAUGGUCGGCUUCACUCCGCUGACCAGCCGUGGCAGCCAGCAGUACCGCGCCCUCACCGUCCCUGAGCUGACCCAGCAAAUGUGGGAUGCCAAGAACAUGAUGUGCGCUGCUGACCCUCGCCACGGCCGCUACCUAACCGCAUCUGCUCUGUUCCGUGGACGCAUGAGCACCAAGGAGGUUGAUGAGCAAAUGCUCAACGUGCAGAACAAGAACUCGUCCUACUUCGUUGAGUGGAUCCCCAACAACGUCAAGUCAUCAGUUUGCGAUAUCCCACCAAAGGGUCUCAAGAUGUCAGCCACCUUCAUUGGCAACUCCACCGCCAUUCAAGAAAUGUUCAAGCGUGUGUCGGAGCAGUUCACAGCUAUGUUCCGCCGCAAGGCUUUCCUCCACUGGUACACUGGUGAGGGUAUGGACGAGAUGGAGUUCACUGAGGCCGAGUCCAACAUGAACGACUUGGUUUCUGAGUACCAGCAGUACCAGGAUGCCUCCGCCGAGGAGGAGGGCGAGUUCGAGGGCGAGGAGGAGGAGAACUAAAUUGCCACGUGAAGGGCAUGGAUCUUGUGGUUACUGAUUAGAAGCAGCAGUGUACUUCAGACAGGCUAUUCGCAGCAGCGUACGAUAUGUAGGCUUUGUGAUGUAGCAUUAGGCGCGCUGCUUGUGAAUAGGUGCGCAGACCGAUGCAGCAGGACUAAGCGGUUGUUCCAGGAUUGUUCUUCCGUUUUAGCCAUUUCAAGCGAUGUGAAUACGCAUGCAUUAUGCACAAAUUGUGACGUGAAUGGCUAGUAUUAUGCACUUAUCCCGAACACAUGUGUCAAAUGGCACAUUUUUGAAGUUCAUGCCUAUCACUGUGCACUGUAUGUUGACAGUGUCACUGAAUGUGGCAGUUCGUACAUAGUGAUCAAAUGUUUUAUUUCUCGAUCCUGGCAAGGGCAAGUAUGAAGGAGGCAAGUGACGUUUUCAGGCGGCAGGGGUAAUUAACCCUGAACGUAAAAUUCGUUGUGUAUCCUGUGCUCAGCCAGUGAUGUAACCAACUCUGUCUACAC